AGAAAUACCAACAAGGCAAAGAACAAUGGCUGACGCACUGGAUCUUAUCAACAGGGACCCUAAUGGCAUCAACGGCCACAUUCAGUGUCAAUUCGAAGAUGUUCUAGCUGAACCCGAGGGUACCCACUCCAUCGACUGUGUCUGGAAGCUGUCAUACACUUGCUUUAACUGCUGGAAGGGUCUCUGCUACAAGAUCUCCACGCUCCUCUGUGGUAUUUGUAUCGCGGCGUAUUGGGGAUGUGAGUUCGCCGGGGUCUCCUUCUCGCACGUGUGGUUCAUGACACCAUGCCUGAAGCUUUUCCAGAUCAACUGUGGGCUCUGCAAAAACGUGUACACCCAGUGUAUCAGCUGCUGUAUCGAGCCCUGCUGUGUUGCCUGUGGACAACUUUUCCAUCAUUUCAAGAAGUAACCAGGAGUUUAUUGAAAUUGUGCGCAACAUCGAAUGCCGAUUUGGAAGGUCAUCAUAUGUCGCUUUGGGACUUUUGUUACAUAGCUGGCCAGGAUACUCAUACUGAUUUUUGUAACGUGUUUUUCUAUUCCGUCCACGUUGUUUUUUUUGUGUGUGUGAUAUCAUGAUGGAUAUUUAAUUGGAUUGGCAAAUCGUGCUUCAAUAAAAACAAAUACAAAUGGGAUUUUUGGAACUUUUGAUCAUUUUUUCUGAAUAAUUGAG